AUGACUUGUUUGUUGAUUCUUUGUAUUUGGGGUCAUGGGUUGCAAGUAAAUGGUUCAGAGGUGACGUUGAAAGGAUCGGAGUCUGCCUGGGUCCACUUGCAACGUUGUGCUUACACCUGGGCACUCGGGAAAGAGAUGGCAGGUACGAUGGACAGGAGGAUAUGUAACUUUGAUAUGACCAGCGGAGAAUAUAUAUCCACAGAUAUAUAUGUUCUUGAUAAUGUUCGGUGA